AUGGCCGAAAUAGCAGGUGUCACGUUCUCCGUCAUUCAGAUAGCAGACACCGCCAUCCGGCUCAGAGAUCUCUGGCAGUCGCUCAGAAGCGCAAAUGAUGAAGUCAAUGACCUGAUCGGGGAGCUUCAGACGAUACAAGAUAUUCUCCACGACCAGAGAACGCUGCAGAAUCUUGUCCGCCAGAUGAUAUCAGCGAGGACGCCCCCAGAAGACCUCGAAAAACAGAUCGAACCACGCGAUGAGCACCUGAACACCUGGCACAGACCGGGCCGUGUAUCUCUGCCAUAUCCUAAACGUCAAAAGGGAUUCACGACCUGGUCAUUGCGCCUGACGAAGCCUGCCUGGCUGCUACAGACGGUACUAGAGCUACAAAUCAGCCAAACACGGUGGAACUACAACUUUCGCGUCCUGAACGUUGUGACAGAUUCGUCACCUCUCUUGGUAGCAGCCAGGACAGGUAACAUCCAAGGCCUUCGGGCUCUAUUCACAGAUCAGUCUGCCUCACCACUGGACGACGUGGACCAAGAGGGUAGAUCCGCACUGCAUCAUGCCGUGUCUCACGGCCAGCUUGAAGCUUGCCGACUCCUGCUCAAUCAAGGUGCUCGAGCAGAUAUGAAGAGCUUCAUGGGUCAGACUCCACUGAUGCACGCGAAUAUCGCAUUUCGACGUUGGAUUAAGUGGGACGCCACCAAGAGACAGCAGCUGCAAGACAUCCUCCGGCUUCUCGUCCACGAGGCUGCCUAUAAUGAAGCCCCAUUCGAUACCUCAGAAGGCUCUCUAUUUGGUCCAGACGAUAGCAUGGGCUACAGUGGCGAUCCAGUGGGGCUUCAGAUCAUCCAGCAGAGCGCCUUUGUGUCGUAUGCUACCUUACCCCUACAGGUCCGCUUCAGUUGGGCGAUGGCACUUGAGACAUGGUACAUCCGCGGCACGACGACAGAGCUGCUGGAGCGAGCUAUGGGUGGCGGGUCGAUCGAUCCAGCGGCAUGGCACCUUCGCAGUCAGACCAAUGGCGAGACCCUGCUCUUCUUCUUGGCCCGCUGUAUGGCGAUCGAACACGCCAAGGGUCGAAUCGACAGCCUUCUAUCCUGGCGGCGUCUAUUGCAAGAUGCAGUCGCAUCAGGUGCGGACCUCCAUGCCAUCAGCACGAGCCCACAACGUCCGCGCACGGAUGCACUCUGGUCAUUCAUAGCGCGGUACAAUAAGUCUGCCACUAAGAACCUCCGCCAACAAAAGCACAGCUUCACGCCCGCGCUGCGUGCUUGGGUCUCGGAAUUGCAACUGGCCGGAGUGGACUUGCUCGCGUACGGUCGGAGGCUCCGCUAUAUGCUAACACAUGAUCUGCUGUGCUAUGAAUGGGAGAUCUAUCUUGGCCGACCCUACACGCGCAGUCAGCGAUCGUGGGGACCAAGUGAAAGCAACGCAAAAGUGAGAAUGGUAGGACUGGAAUUUGGAAGUAAUGUACAGGACUGGAAAGCGUGGAUGAAUGAGCCGCGGGAUGAGGACUCAGGUCUGAAGGAGUUCUGGGAGGGUGUGGAAGAGCCAUGGCGAUGGGGAAUUCCGGGUGCUUGGAUUGAGGACGGUGAGGAUGGAGAUGUCGCUGGUGGUGGGGCAAGAGCGGUCGGCGUGCCGAGAGUGAGUCCGGAUCGAAUCAUCGGGCGUACGAGGGAAGUUCCGAGAUCGUGA